AAUGUUGUAUAACUUCCCCUAGUCAUCUUCUGAUCACUUGAACUUAGAGAUUUAAGAAGCUCAAAUCAUAUACUAUGGGGUUUCUAAAUAAGAUUUCUCUGCUUGUUUUGCUCCAUGUGGUUGUAUUAGUGUCUAAUUCCAGAGCAGAUAAUAAUGCGGGGAACAAUCCGGUUUCCGCGAUUUUUGUGUUCGGUGAUUCCACGUCUGAUCCUGGAAACAACAACUUCAUAAGUACUUCUUUCAGGAGCAACUUUGCACCCUAUGGGAAAGAUUUUGCAAACCACACGGCCACUGGACGGUUUACUAAUGGACUUCUGGCUACUGAUUUUAUCGCUAGGUAUGUAGGUGUAAAAGAUUAUGUGCCUCCAUAUCUGGAUUCAUCACUUAAAAUGGAAGAGCUAAUGACUGGAGUCAGUUUCGCGUCUGCUGGAUCUGGCUUUGAUCCUCUUACACCAACCAUAAGUAAUGUGAUUUCUUUGUCACAGCAACUGGAGUACUUCAAAGAGUACAAAAAAAGACUUGAAGCAGGAAUUGGUAAGGAAAGAACCAAACACGUCAUAGCAAAUGCACUCUUCAUUGUUUGUGCUGGUACGAAUGACUUCAUUGUCAACUAUUACACCAUACCAAUCCGCAGAAGAAGCUACGAUCUCCAUGCCUACAUGGAUUUUUUACUGAAACAAGUGCAUCAAUUCAUGGAGGAUUUGUUGGAAGGGGGAGCAAGGAGGAUUGGAGUUCCAGGAAUGACACCGAUAGGUUGUUUGCCAAUUGUGAUCACCCUCUACUCCAGUAAGCCCUUGACUAAUCGUACUUGUAUAGAGUCCUUAUCAGCGGUAGCUAAGGAUUACAACAUCAAGCUUCAAAAGGAAUUGUAUUCCUUGCAACUGAACCAUGCUAAAUCUGGCUCACGGAUAGCAUAUCUGGAUUCCUAUACACUCAUGCAAGACAUUGUUACCAGCUCAUCAAAGUUCGGUUUUAAAGUUAUUGAUCAUGGUUGCUGCGGAACAGGUAUGCUAGAAGCAGCAUUCAUCUGCAACAGAGCAAGCGCAAUAUGCCCAAAUGCAUCUAACUAUGUAUUUUGGGAUUCUAUUCACCCAACUGAAAGGGUUUAUUAUUUAGCCGUCAAGGCCUUUCGACGGACCAUUGAUUUCAUUAUUUCCCGUUAACGAUGAAAACAUCCCUAUUUUUGUUGAUCACAAAUAGGAACUCUAUGAACUCUGUAUUCUGCAGACAUAUAUUUUUAUCUCAAUUUCCAUAUAAGUAUGUAUUAAAUUUUCAUAUAAGUUUAAUUGGA